AACAAGUACUACUAGCAUAAACUUGGACCUCAAGCAGAUCAAAAAGUGUCUCCCUCAAUUCGCCUUCUCACCAAAAAUCCCAAUGCUCUCUCUCUCCUCCCUCUCUCUCUCCUAAAAACACAAUACAAUCACCCACCAACACCAACAAUGUCAUCUUGGCUCUCACUCUCUCUCCCCAACCCUUUCAAAUCCGACCACUCUCAAAACCCCUCGCCCCCGUCCCCACCCGAUCACGCCGCCGCCGCCGGGGUCCAAGCCGACCUCUCCGUCCUCGGCCACACCAUCGGCCGCCACCUCCACGGCGUCGCCUCCUUCCUCGCUCCCCCUCCUCCUCCUCCUCCCUCCCAACCGCCUCCCGAGGCGGCCGAGUCCCCGUCGCAGGCGAUUCUAGGCAUAAAAAACGAUCUGGUGGAAAUUGGGGGGAGCUUCAAGUCCUCUCUCUCUCUGCUCUCUUCGACCAAGGCCGUGUCCGAUAUAUCUCGGUUCGCUACGAACUUGUUGCGGUUUGAAAACGACGGCGUAGAUGAGGAGGGAGAUGAUGAUGAAGAAGAAGAAGAAGAAGAAGAAGAAGAAAGUGAAGACGGUGAUGAAGUAGCUGGGGUCACGGAUGAAGUGCUUGAUUUUGUUGAGGAGCUUUCGUCGCGGCCCGAGUGUUGGACCGACUUUCCCCUCUCACUAGAUGACGAUUUCAACUUGUCUACUGCUCAGAAAGAACAUGCUUCAACUGUUGAACGUUUAGUCCCAAGUCUUGCAGAUAUGAGGCAUACAAGUUGCAAUCAUUUGAGUGAAGAAAAAUUCUGGAUGAUAUAUUUUAUUUUUUUGCUGCCAAGACUGCAUGAGCAAGAUGCCAAGCUUCUCUCAACUCCUGAGAUAGUUGAAGCAAGAGAGAUACUUCUGCAGAAUCUGCGAAACAGGAGGAAUGAACCGGUUGAGGAAUGUGAGCCCAUCAAUUUGUCUCAAGAGGGUACUAGGGUCAAUAACAAUCAAGGUGAAGGUCGCCCAUCACAGGAUCAGGAGGAUUUAGUGGAGGCUUCAAGUUCCCAACAAAGGGCUGAAAUUGAUCAUGAGAACACCACCUCAGCAGAUACCAAGAAACAGCCUGAAAAUGAGGAGGAAAUCUCAUUCAGCGACUUAGAGGACGAUGAAAAUGAUGAAAAUGACCUCGCAGGUAGAUUAUCAAGGUUAAGGCAGGCACGGGACGAAAGGGUUCCUUCGCCAAAUGGAUCCAGUGAAUGGGUUAGACUUGGUGAACAUUCCGGAUCACAGGGUGCUGGUGGUGGUGGGCAGAAAGGACAGUCGACAUCUAAAGGAAAGGAUUCAGAAGGUGAGGAGUCAAAUGAUUGGCUCACUGUUGAUGAAGGUGAUUUAGAAAGUUUGUCGAAUGUUUGAGUUGAAUGUUUCCUUCUAUCAGUGAUUUUACCCAUUCCAACGUGUGAAAAAUAGGGUUUUUUUAAAAAUAAUUAAAGUUGAAUAACUGGAUCUACAUCAAAGUAUGGUUUCAGGUUUGGAGUUGGUGUCUUUGGGUCAUUUGUGCUGCUUUGGUUCACAUUUGUACAUACUCUGAAUAUGUUCAGAACCGAAGUUGUUCCAAUGUUUCCUAUUGUAAAUUUUAGUCAUUA